AUGUGCGCGCCACCGCACAAGAUUACGGUGAGGCAAGCCACGCCCCUGGUCUAUAAAUAGCGGCGCCUCGCAAUGAAAAAAAAUGCGAAAUUUUGUGCCGUGUUCAAAGUAAUUUCCGCGAAAUGCAAAAUGGUCUCUGACCCUCCAAAAUUUAGUUAUCUUUCUCUUUCUCUGACGGCUAUUUUGAAUUUCGCGGAAUCACUUUGAACACGGCAUUGGGUCCCAGCGGCAUAUUAUCCGUGGCGCAUCAUUGCGCCCUUCUCAUCGUUUCUGAUGCAAAAAUUGAAUUUCUUCACUUUUUUCAUUGGUUUUUUACUUUUUUCUAUUUCUUGCAUUUAUGUGAUCCGCCUCUCUAUGGGUACAUUUUGUGGAGUUUUUAAAUUGCGCACUUUUUCUAAAAACGGUUUCAGAUCUUUAACUUUUUUUCUCAAAAUAGUUGAAGAUUUUUUUCUAAAAAGUCCUAAUUUUUUUCAAAAAUUUUUGAAAUCUGUUUCGCGACAUGAAAAAGAGUAACUCUAUUUCGGAAACUAUAGUUUUUUUAAUUUAAUCAGUUAAUAAUAAAAAGUUAUUAUCUAGUUCCUUUGACGUAGUUUGAAACCGGUUUCGUGUAAAUUAGAGCCAAAUUGAAUUUGCUGAUGCAGUUUAAUGAUUUUUGAUAUAUGCAUCAUCUAAAUUAUAUAUUUUUUUCUAGUUUUUUUGAUGGUUUUCAGAUUUAAACAAAAAAAUUUCGCCAUACGAGGUUUUUCUAAAAUUUCUGCUUUCUAUCCAUUACUUGUUUUUUUCUGAAGCUAGGUUUUCGAGGUAUAUAAAAUGUUUUUUUCAUUUGCUCCUCGAAUUUUUCCUCAUUUCAAUAUUUUUUUCGUAUUUAUAAAUGCUUAUUCAAUGGGAGCUGAUUCAUUUACAUAAUAUUUUUUUGUUUUUUUAUUUUGUAAUCAGUAAUUUAGAGUUUUUCCCCUUUCGAAAUCAAUCCUAAAUGUUUUUUUAAUGUAAGUGAAUGUUUUUUUCACACCAUAUUCUUCAAACUGACAAAUUUCGAAUAUUUCAGGAGCUAUUAUCCUGAAAUCGCAAAUUCUAAAAUUGAAAAAAACAUUUUGAGUAUGCGAUAGUGCGUCUCGGUGUGCUUACACCCUAAGCAUCAUAAUUUACGAAAAGUCUUGACCUUGCGUAAUGAAAAAAACACCGUGACUUCGCUCAGUUUUUUUUUUCAGAUUGAUGAGAAUUUCCUUUUCUUUGAAGGAAACGGUAUGUUCUGUUCAAAAACUCAUCAAAAAUGAUCUUAACAUCAUUGAUGUUGAUAGAUUUCUAGUCUCCGUACAGGCUGGUUCAGGUGGCAAUGGAACUGCAAGGUAUCCUUAACUUUUAUGACCUAAUGAAAAUAUAUCUAGGUAUAACGGCGUUGGAGGGAGCGGUGGAGAUGUUUAUUUUGUUGCCAAGCCUGGAAAAGCUUUCACAGAUAUCAAAAGAAGUCUGAAACAGAAGAUGAAAGUGAAGGCUACUUCAGGAGAUGCAAGUCAGAAAACGGCUCUCAUAGGAAAGCCUGGAGGCCAUGUAGUGAGUUUUUGCUAAAAUGGACUCUCGUAACGAUUUUUCCAGUUUCUGGAGGUUCCCCUUGGCGUUGAAGUCGUCGAUGUUGCGCAGAACACGCUGAUCACUCGCUGUACUCGUGCCUUUCAGAAAUACUUGAUCGCCAAGGGCGGCGAAGGAGGCAACGCCAGCAACGGCUACAAGUGUGUGUAUUUCUUUUUUUUUGUCAAGCCUCAUAAACUAUAAAAUAUUCUGACGAAUGUUCCUGCUUUUUCAAAAUAAUCUUUCAGGGGUUCGAGAGGAGAAAAGUUGGAAGUGGCGAUUCAUUUGAAACUGAGACCUAACGUGGGUCUCGUGGGUUUUCCGAAUGCAGGAAAAUCAACUCUUCUCAAAGCUUUUAUUCCUGAAAAAAGCGUCAAAAUAGCUCCCUACCCUUUCACUACGGUGCCUUUACUCUUCUUCAAUUUUUAGUGAAGUUUUUAGAUUAAACCUCAAAUAGGCUUUUGGAAUGCCGGUGAGGAAACGGUCGAUGUGAGCGGUUACCUUCCAGGAAAAUGUACAUUAUCUAUUGCGGAUAUGCCAGGUUUUUUCUGUUGAAAAAGUGGAAUAUUUCUUCGAAAAACUGGAGCUCCUACUUUCAAAAACGUUCUUAGCAAACUUUUCGUAAGUUCUUUAUUCAUCAGGAAUCAUCGAGGGAGCUUCGAAAAAUCGUGGCCGGGGCUACCAAUUUCUGAAACAUUUGGAAUACGCGAACGUUCUUCUUCUCGUAGUCGACUGUACUGGAUUUCAACUCAAAAAUGAAGUUGGCGAGCCAAAAAGGUGCACUUCUGUUUUUUUUUCAAUUUCUAAUUCGAACUUUCAGAACAGCUCUAGAGAGUGUUGCGCUGUUGAAUGUGGAAUUGGAAUGCUACGAUCGAAAGUUGAUCAAAAAACCUGUGAUUUUGGCUCUCAACAAGACUGAUCUUCUGAAAAGUCCGAAGGUGUGGUCUCCCUUCCUAUGAAAAUUAUAGCUUGAAUAGAUACGAGAAAGCCUGAACAAACUUUUCUUCGAUUUUAAAAAUUUUAAUAAUCACAUAAUUAUGUUUUCUUUAUAUCAUGAGCAUACUAGAGAAAGAAAAAAAGGUAUUGCAACAAGUUUGUAUGGAGAACUUGUUCCGGCCCGUAUCUACACUUAUUUUUUCAACUAUUCUAGCUAGCUGAAUUGUUUUAUAACUGACUACGAUAUGAGAAUUUUCAUUCUCAAGCUCCUGGAAUUUGUUCGCAAGUGGGGAUUAAGAGUUUAAAAAAAGUUGAUCUGGCGAAAAAAGAGGAAAAAUGAACGAUAUUUCUAAUAAUAUUAAUGAUGUUGGCAGCGAGACAGAAAAUUAGAAAAAAGACCAAUUUUUCAGAUACAGCUAACGCAGCUUUUGAUUUAUCGCUCAUUUGUGGGGCUUUUCAAACGAAAUUCAUUCCGCUAGCGUAUAACUUUAUCCAGUGUCAGAACUAAACAUUUUUUUUCUUCUUGGUUUGAAAACAUUGAAAGGAAAGUUUCAGGACUUGCAUGGACUUAUCGAAUUGUUCAAAAGCGACGACUGGGCGCAAGAAGUACCUGAAGAGAUGAGACCAAAGUUUCCUCUUCGCUUCGAGGAUGUCACUGGCAUUUCUGCAAUGAACGGAGGCAUCGAGUCUCUACAGAAAUCUCUGAAAAGCCUUUACAACUACCUCAAUCCUCUGACUGUCCCCGACCCCGACGAAUCCGCGCCAUCCAAGAAAUUUAUCUGA